AGAAUACUGUUAAAAACCUCACGUUAUCGCUAAAAGCUAUCGCAAAGAUACCGUUAUUUGACCGCGACGUUUGAGCCGUGGGGGGCAUGGCGAUCACCAUUGCGCGAAAUCCUGAGAGCGGCACAUCUUGAAAGGAAGUCGGGCUGCUAUGGAUCCGAGGCGACCAUCGGCAUCAUUCGUUUGGGAUCUUGGUGGCGCACCACAUGAAGCAAGCCACCAGCUAGAAGACGAGCGACCUACCGUGGGUUUAGCACCGCCAUACUAUCUUCAGAGCGAAGGCAGGCAUCGGGAAGCUGUCGUGGGACGUACAUUCAGUACUUCAUUCAUGCGGAGCCCUCCAAUUCGAGCCCGGCUUACGUACCAAGACGAAGAAGACCGCUACAACGGCAUGGAAGCGACCAUCGGGUUCGAUAGUAACUUGGACGAUCAAGCAUCGGUCCAAGACCAGAAUCGUGCUUCUAAGAAUCUAAAUCAAGUCCACGGGGAUUCGCGGAGCCCGUUGGUGUUUGGGGUCGUUGUUCCUAGGCGCUCGGCACGCAAGCAGCAAGCCUCCACCCAGAGUUGCGAGCAACGCAAGCGCCGGAUCGGAGACUCGAGAGCUGCAGCAACUUUCAAGAUGCCGUAUACUCUCCGGCGGAUUCCAACAAGCGAAUUGCUACACGUUCUAACAGUGCCACCCGUAGUCGCCGCACAAGUACACCAAGCGGUACCCAGCAAGAGCGCACGAAGACACCGAAUAGCGCGCAGCAAGGGCGCAAUGGAAAGCCACCCCUUACUUCUCAGCUAAAUCGCAGUUUGCAGUCGCCCAGCAGCGAUCAAAGAGGGUGCCCUCCAACCGGCAAGUCGCCGAACGCAGCUCCGAGAGGGCGUAGCGGCAAGUCACCCAACAGCGCGCAACGAGCUCGCAGUGGGAAGUCGCCAAGCACGGCGCAACGCAGAGACCGCGGCAAGACAUCAAGCUCUGUACGGCGCGGACAAGAAAGCACCCUGUCUGCUCCUUCGGCGCCGGCAACAAGUGCCGAAAUACUGCUGUUCGAAAUGCACAAAAAGCGCAAGCCCGAGCACUGGCGGUUUAUUCAGCUCGUCUGCAAAAAUGAGUAUAUCGGGAUGAAUAUCAAGGACCUACGAUCGGAGCAUGCUAGGUGUGCAUACUGCAACAAGUGCGGAGAAGAAAUUGUUUUCGAGAAGUCCAACACCGCCUAUGUCACCAGGCACAUGAAAAAGAAGCACCCGAAAGAACUCAAGAAAGCAGCCGAAGAGGAGAAAGCGCGCAAGCAAACUUUAUCCAGCCGCUGAUGCACCAAGAAGUGGGGGCACUCAGAAAACCGGUCGCUGUACUAAGUCGAUGAGACCGUUCACCAUUUCGAUGGAUAAGUACUUUCGCAAGUAUGCCCGCUACCUCAACACUUUGCAAAAGCGCAUCAAAAUCAUCAAGCCUUGGAAAGCACGUGCUGGAGUUGAAGUGGUUGCUGCCCAGCUUCGUGAUGUUCUCAAGGAGAAGAUUGCUGUCCAGUGCAUUUUUUACGCAGCAUCAGCCGACAUUUGGACGUCCAAACGUGAGCUUGGGCUCAUCUGCUUCACACUCCAUUAAUUGGAUGAGGAGUUUCGUAUGUGGAGCUGGUGCUCGAGGUACGGUACUUGCCAGGGAAGCACGAUGGAUACCGGAUUGCCGAAUCGUUGCGAGCAAUUAUGAAUGAAUGGGGGCUUCCUAUUGAAAAGUGCGUGAAGUUUCUUCGGGACGGUGCGUCAAAUGGAGUGAAGGCAUGCGAGCUGUUGAACCUCGACUCCAUGUCGUGCUUAGUUCAUUCUCUGCAUCUCAUCGUUGGGUGUGAAAUGGUCAAGAAGAAAUCGGACAAGACCUCAAAAGCGAUGAUGGCUGCUGCCAAAUCCGACGAAGACAUUGAUGCUGCCCUUGAGCAAGUUGCCUGUGAGGAAAUUGAGGCGUUUAUCGAGGAGUCGUGCGCAGCGACUCGGGCUGACUUGGAUAAGCUACGUCGCGUCGUGGAAAUAUUUCGCAAGCUUGCCGUGUUUUUCAGCCGUUCCGUAAAAGUAUUGGAUUGCUUACGAGGGCUUCAAACCAGAGUGCUUGUUCCUCAAACCGAUUGUGCCACGCGUUGGAAUAGCACGCAUGCCAUGCUACUGCGCAUGCUGGAACUUCGAACUGCUCUUGACGAUUUUUUGGACACGUCGCUAGGACGCGUGAGUUUUCAGACGCAAAAUUUAAACAACCAACAGCUGAACAUUGUCUUGUCAUCCGAUGUUUAGUUGUCUUGCUUGAACCAUUCGCUGAAGCAACCGACGGUUUAGGUGGGGAGAAGUACCCCACACUGGUUAUGGCUGUACCCGUUCUCCGCACAAUCGAAAGGAAGAUCAAAGACGAAGAAAUAUUCGAGGCGAUCACGCGUUCGGUCGGCAAUGAAGCGUUUGUUCCGCGAGUGAAGACGUUGAUGCAGUCCGUUCGGCGUACGUACGUCACGCUUUUCACGGAAAGGUUCAAGAAGAAACUACCUAUGGAGCUGUUGUGGAUUUCAGCACUGGAUCCAAGAUCGGCGGAGCUCAAGCAUCUAAACCACGAAGAGACUAAAAUGGCUAUUGCUCACCUCACAGCGGCUGUGUUUGAGAUGGGAAAUGAUAUGAGAGCCACCCAAUCCACCAGUGAAGAAGACACGAGGGUGGCGAAGGAUUCCUCGCGACCGCCAUCGGCUGCAAAAAAGAAUGUAGCUUGGCUUACAGAAGUGUUCAGCGGAGGGACGGAGCAGUAUGUGGAGGAAGCGCCCACCGUGGCGGAUGAUAAGCUGAAAGAUGAGUGCGAUUAUCAGGUUCGACAGUACCUGGGCGAUGCACAUGGAACUCGAGUGACUACUGAUGCUCUACAGUGGUGGUCAACGCGGCGAGGGAAGUACUCGAUCGUGGAGGCCCUAGCUCGGAAAUAGUUAGGAUGUAUUGCAACUUCUGUGCCAUCGGAGCGUGCGUUUUCCAAGAGAGGAAAUGUAGUUACCUCGAAGCGAUGCUCGUUGGACCCUGAGAUCAUUCGCGAUACGUUGUUCGUUAGUGAAAAUUAUGAAGAGGACGAUGACAACAUUGAUAGCAGUUCCGAAGAAGAAGACGACGACGAAGAAGAAGAAGAAAACAACAACAAUGGAGGAGGAGACGGCGGUGACGUUGAUGGGUAGUUGACCCUAGUGUAUAGCAUUGAAAUAGCUGAUGUUUCACAUUGCAAAUAUAUUUGACACUCAUGAUCGGAGUAUUGUACUGUCAGAUUGGCUUUUACUGCACCCGCUUCGCUUAGCACUCUAAUGCACGACCUCUUCCCCGUAGUUGAUCAUUGCUUGUUCAUUUAAAGCGUCUUAGCUCCCUUGCCCGCUGCAUGUUGUUACAUGUUGUUACGUGUUGUCACGUCCGCCGCCCGACGCUCUAGGACUCCCGAUGUUGGAGAAGCUGCAGUUUGCGAAGUCCAGCACCACCGCCGCAAUGAUGCCGAACUGCACGGUGGGGUGCCACAACGACUCCAAUGAUGGGGAAGCCGAGCGCUGGCUUCCUCUCGUCGUCGCUGCUGCCAAGUCUUCGUCCAGCGGCAGCAUCUGCAACUGCUCCUGCUUCUCCUUCUGGCUGUCCUCCUCGAACACCUUCGUCAUCCCAGUAAGCUCCACGUCCACCGAUUCGAGGUCAAUGGGGUGCCGUUUGGUGGGCGUCAACAAGUCCGUCUGCGCGGGCGUGAGCUUGGGCUCGACGUUGUUCUCGGGGGACUUGUUGCUUCUGGAGGACCACAAGUUCUUGAUACUGGACCUCCUCCGUCUUUAGCUGCUGCUGCUGCUGCUGCUGCUGCUUCUCCGUCGUAUUCUUUGCAGCGGCAGCGGCGUUCACGGUGGGCACGAGACUCACAUUGAUCAUGGCGAGGUACUUAGUAGCUACAUAGCGUCCGCAGCAUGCCAAUUCUGGUCACCCCCGCCCUGGUAGGACACGAGCU